CAGUGUAGUAAGGUUUUGUACGAUUCGCGCGGCGGUUUAUCGAGAAGACAUUGAUAACAUAACGCGUUAAAUGUUUAUUAAAAACAUAAGCAUCAUUUGAUUUGAUGUCGAAAUUACUUCAUAUAACAGCGCGAAAUUAAUCUGGUAAGUAACAAGGUAACCUACCAUGUUGUAUGGAAAAAUCGUUGUAAUAAAGCGUAAUGGUCAGGAUGGUGCCCAUUUCCCCUUGACCGCAUCAGCCUGUCUAUUUGGACGGAGCAAUGAAUGUGACAUUCGAAUUCAGCUUCCGAACGUGUCGCAGGUCCACUGUCGUGUUGAUGUAGAUGACUCUGCUGCUAUUUUCUUGACAAACCUAAGUCAGACAAACCCGACCCUUAUCAAUGGAAAGACGGUAUCAUCAACGACUCGUGUUAGCCACAAAGACAUCUUUACGAUAAUUGACAGAUCAUUCAGAUUUGAAUUUCCACCAGGAUCCCCUUUUAGAGAAGGACUGUCACCCAAACCCAACAAGAGCCCCAUUAACAAGUCAAAGAUUCUUAGUCCAAAGUCAAAACCUCCAAUAUCACCAGGGAGAUCUGUAUCUUCCUCCCCUGCAAGAACUCCGGCCAAAGGAGGUUCUCGACCAAACUCUCCUGCAGCAAGAAGGAUGUCUCAACCCCUUUCCCCCAGAGCUGACAAUGGCAAUAUUGUUACACCUUUGUCUGUGAAGCCUCAAAAGGCUGCCACACCCAAACCUGCCACUCCAAAAGCUUCUCCUAAAACUCCCAAGGCUGCUUCACCCAAGCCAAGCCCAAGAAGUAAGACUCCCAGCCCGGCACGAUCCCAGUCUAAGACAACCCCAAAGAGUAGUUCCAAAGAAAAUGCUGGGGCAAGGAGCAAGAGUCCCGUCAUAGCACCAUCUACACCUAAACAGUCGCCAAAGUUGUCUCCUAAGGCUUCUAGCUCCGGAAACAAGCGGCGUGCGAGUGGAGGGAAGAAGUCCCUCCCAGCUGGCAGCCCUUACCCAACUCCAGCAGGCGGCAAAUUGCGAACAAGCAUCUCCGACCUGAGACGCAAGUCAGAGCCUGUGAAAGAGGCUGAACCUGUUACCCCAGCAAAAUCACCUAAGGGAAAAUCCCCAGCUAAAAAAACUCCCUCAUCAGGGAAAAAGGGCAGGACUCCAAAUAGUGGAGGAAGAAAGCGAAAAUCAACAGAUUUUGAACUGCCCAGUGCCAAGAGAAAGCGAGUUUCUUUUGGCCCUCAGCUCACCCCUGAGCAAUUUGACAAGAGACUACCCCCAGCCACACCUAUUAGGAAGGGGGCCACACCUAUCAAGAAGGGAAACACACCAAGAAGGCUGUCGGAACCCAUCCAAUAUAAUAGGAGCCCCAAGUCACUGCUGAGAAGAUCCCUAGCUGCGCAGUCAAUCAAGGAAGAGAGCCCUCAAAAGACUCCACGUGGGCGCUCCCCAAAGAAAUCUCCAAAGGCAUCACCUAAGUCUAGACCAGGAAAACAAGAUAUUAAGACCAUGCCAUUAUCUAUACCAGUUAGCCCAAGGUCACCAUCAACUCCUAAGUCUGCCAGGAAGGCUUCACCCAAGUCAGCAAGAACUCCAUCAAAAUCUCCAUCACGUUCACCCAAAACACCAACGCAUGCAUCUUUUUUAACCAUUGCUGAUACUCCUGUAUCAUUGGUGAAGAAGACCCCAGCAAAGUCUCCUGCAAAAUCUCCAGCAAAAUCUCCUGCCAGGUCAGAAACAAGAUCUCCAGCCAGAUCGCCAUCUCCACCAUCGGCACGCAAAUCCAGAUCACCUACAAAAAAAACACCAAGCAAGAGCCCCCAAAAGUCUCCAGCGAAGUCACCAGUGAGGCCUCCAGCUGGGGCAGGGACACCCGCGAAGUCUCCAGCUAGGGCAGCGACACCAACUAAAUCUCCAGCUAGGGCAGCAACACCAGCAAAGUCUCCUGCUAGGGCAGCGACACCAACUAAAUCUCCAGUUAGGUCAGCGACACCCGCCAAGUCUCCAGCUAGGGCAGCGACACCAACUAAAUCUCCAGUUAGGUCAGCGACACCCACAAAGUCACCAGCUAAAUCUCCAGCUAGGGCAGCAACACCAGCUAAAUCUCCAGUUAGGUCAGCGACACCCACAAAGUCACCAGCUAAAUCUCCAGCUAGGGCAGCAACACCAGCUAAAUCUCCAGCUAGGGCAGCGACACCAGCUAAAUCUCCAGCUAGGGCAGCGACACCAUCUAAAUCUCCAGCUAAGGCAGCAACACCAGCAAAGUCUCCAGCUAGGGCAGCAACACCUAAAAAGACUCCAGCUAAGUCUCCUGCAAAGUCGCCAAAAACAACUCCAGCAAAAUCAUCAGUUGUUUCUUCUCCUAUUACAUCUCCAAGAAGAGCACAGUCUGAAUCCCCCAAGCGAACACCAGCUAAAUCUCCCAAGCGAACUCCAGCUAAAUCUCCCAAGAGGACACCAGCUAAGUCUCCUGCAAGAGCACUACCUAAAUCGCCCACAAGGACACCAGCUAAGUCUCCUGCAAGAGCAAUACCUAAAUCGCCCACAAGGACACCAGCCAAGACACCUUCAAAAUCACCCAAGAGGGCACCAGCCAAGACCCCUCCAAAAUCACCGGUCCUAGAACCAGCGGUAGUUGCUUCUCCUGCAACUAAAUCCCCUAAGAAAACACCAGCCAAGUCCCCCAAGAAGACACCAGCCAAGUCUAAGAAAACACCAGCUAAGUCUCCCAAGAUGACCCCAGCCAAGUCACCAACAAGAACCCCAGCUAAAUCACCAGUAGUGGUUCCACCUACACCUGAAUCAGCUGCUAAAUCACCAGCAAGGAUUCCAAAAGUUGACACUUCUAAAUCGGGAGGGAAAGUUAAAAAAGCUAAAACAACUAGGACAUCUGUGCCUAUGAAUCUGACUGGUAUCAAGGAACUGAUGAAGACUCCACAAAAUAAGGCUGAUGAUGUAGGUCUGUCUGCAAUCGCAAGGUUAGUAAAGACCCCCAAAACAUCUGGAAGAGCGAGUGGUAAUCUGAACUUAAGUGGACUCGAAGAUUUGUUCAAAUCUCCUAGCCCAGCAAAGGGUAAGACUCCCAAAUCUACUCCCCGAUCUGUGAAGAAAUCUCCAGUUGCUUCACCAAAAUCAAGGAAAAAUACUCCCAAGUCUGCCAAGAAAGCUGUCACUCCUACCAGGAAGUCGGUAACACCUAGAACACUGAGCAUGAAGAAGACUAAGCUGCUACAGAGCCCAGCUGGAAAGAUAGUCUCGCCCCCAUCAGACAUGAAUAAGGUGGUGGCCCUCAGAGCAAUCCAUGGAAAGGCAGCAACACCUAGGCUUGGACUGCUUAUGAAGAAAACGCCUGGACGCAAGACUCCAGCUAAAUCGAAGACACCUAAGAAACUAUGGGCUGAUGUUGUGAAAGUAGGUAUUGCUGCUGUGGGUGUUGCUAGCAAGAAGACUGGGCCCAAGCCUAAGGCUGUCAAGAUUGUCUCUAAGACGGCAACAAAACAGGUACUGCUGAAAUCUUCCAAGAAGACUCCAAAGACUCCCCGAGCCCUGGCUCGUGCCACUGCUCCCUCCACUGGACAUGCAGAUUCCCCAGCUACUCUGGUUGUGGGCAGAAAGAUCAGCAAGAGGGUCAAGACACCUGGACCUGUACCUAGAAAGGGACGUAAAGUUAGCAAGGCUGCUCACAAAUCUGUAGGAAAUACAAGUUUUACUGGUAUUUCUGAACUGUUCAACACUCCAGUCAAGACGGGAAAGACUCCAGGAAAGAAAAGUCCCAAGUCAUCGGCUAAAAAGACCCCUGUUUCUGUACAGGGUACACCCCACGCUUUGUAUGAAGAUCUUCCUGACACGCCCAUGGGUCCUGGUGAGAUGAUUGUCUCGCCCCUCACCAACCGGCGCAGCAGCGGAGGGAAGAGUCCAAAUAAUUUGAAUGGUGUGAAGCAACUCUUGACAACACUAAAGAAAGUGAAAGGCAUAAGUCCAACAGGUGUGAAAAGAUUGAUGAAGACACCUAGAGGGAAGAACACAAAUGCAAGUAAUGCCAGCCCAUCAGGCAUUAAACGUCUCAUGUCCACACCCAAGGUCAAGAACACACCUGCCAGUCCAUCUGGUGUGGCUGAGCUCUUCAAGUCCCCAGCAAAAUCUCCUGUUAAGUCCACAAAGCAGGCUACAACUCCCGCAAAAUCUGCAAAGGCUGCAACUCCUGCAAAGGCUGCUACUCCUGCAAAAUCUGCAAAGGCUGCUACUCCUGCAAAGGCUGCUACUCCUGCAAAGGCUCCAACUCCUGCAAAGGCUGCUACUCCUGCAAAAUCUGCAAAGGCUGCUACUCCUGCAAAGGCUGCAACUCCUGCAAAGGCUGCAUCACCAGUUGCCUCUCAACCAGCACCUAGAGGAAGAAGAGGUGCUGCAGCAGCCAAAGCCAAGACAACUCCUGCUAAGACUACUCGAGGUGGUAGAAACAGGACAGCUUUGAAAUCACCAAAGGUCAGCCCAGCAAAGACAAAGAAAGCAGCUGCAGCAAAGAGUGCAUCCCCAGCAAAGUCCCCAUUACCUGCAAGGCGUAGGGGAAGAAAGCGUCCUGCAACUCCUGUCAAGACUGUGAAGAAGAAGGCCAAGGUUGAACCAGAACCAGUUGAGAAGGAAGCCUCACCAGUGAAAGCAGCCCCUGUGAAGAAAGCAACUCCAGUGAAGAAAGCAAAAGCAGUUCAGUCUCCUAAGAAGGCUGUUUCCCCAUCUAAGCCAGCAGCAAGAUCAAGAAGAGGGGCUCCAGUUCCAGCCCCAGAACCUGAAACCAAACCUGCUCAAGUGAGAGGCACAAAGAGAAAGGCGGAUGAUGUCAAUCCUCCCACCCCAAAGAAAGCAAAGACAGAUGUCAAGUCGUCCACACCUAGAAAGAGCCCCAAGCCAGCUGGAAUAAAGACAAAGGCAACAAAAGCUGCCUCACUGGUAAAGUCUCCAUCGCCAGUUAAGGCUCGAGGUCGAAGGGGUCAGCCUGUGGCCAGUCUAGUGGCCAGUCCAGUCAAGACACCAGAGAAGCGUGGUAGUCGAGGUAAACCUGUCAAGGCUAGUCCAGUGAAGACAAAAACUCCACCAGCAAAGGUAGCCAAAGGAAAAGCAAAGGCAAAGGAACCAGAGGUUGUGGUCACGGAAGUGGAACCUGUAGCAACUCCUGUCAAGGCUACCAGAAGAGGAAGAAGGGGGAAAGCUGUUGCUAAGUCACCAGUUAAGAAGUCACCAGCAAAGAAGACUACAAGAGGGAAGGCAGCUAGCCCAGCAAAGAGCCCUGCCCCAGCAAAGAGAGGAAGCCGGUCAAAACCAACUGCUUCACCUGUCAAAAUAGUCACUAAGGCUACGGAACCUGCCCCAGAACCAACUCAGACGAAAAGUCCAGCUCCUGCCAAAAGAGGUACAAGGGGUAAACCCGUUGCCAGUCUGGCCAAGACUCCUGUCAAAGUUGGCAGCAAGAGAUCUGCUAUUGGUGCUACCCCAUCUGCUCCAUCUCCUGCCAAGAAAAAGAAGGCAGUUCCUGCUAAUAAAAAAGCUGUAGCUAAGAAAGAUGUCCCAGUGGCAAUUGAAACGCCAGUAAAAUCUCCAGCUGUGUCUGUUUCAAAGAGAGGAACAAGAGGGAAGCCAGCUCCCAAGACCCCUAAAAAGCUGCCAUCAAAGAAGUCAGUUUUGGUUGUAGUGACACCCCUUUCUGCAUCAAGGGGAAGGAGUGGAAAAGUAGCUGACUCAGCUGCAACUCCAGCAAAGGGCAAGGCUAAGAAGACAGCAACGCCAACAAAGGCUGCCACUCCAGCUAAGACUCGAGGAGAUAAGAGAAAGGCAGUAGUAAAGCCCAAGACUCCAAAGCCGACCCGAGGAAAGAAGGCUGCCCCUAGCCCGAAGAAGGCAGCCCCAAGUCCGAAGAAGGUGAAAAAGGCAUCAAAGACAAAGGCAACUCCCCGAAAAGCCACACCUGCAAAGAGAACUACACGGAGUAGAAAAUAAUUUCAUGUAGCCUUAGCUGGCCAAAACCUGUCUGUAACACUUGUCUGUAGUUCAACUGUACAUUUGUAAUAUUUUUAAAUUGUGUUGGAGACUUCUUUGAAUUUGUAACCUCAAUAGUUACCUCAGAUGCCUUUGAAAAGACAGUGUUAAAUAAUGUGUUCAAAUGUCUCUUUAAUAAAUAGUUUUUAUUUUUAUGUCCACUAUGUUAAAUGGUCAUUUGAUUUUAUACCAAGUUUGACUUGGUGGUGUCAACGUGUUAUUUGUUGUCAUGUUAACUUUUAGUCACUGUUAAGUGUCCCAUUUGUAACAUACUCAUUCAUUGCUCUUUGGGCAGCUGCAACAAAGAUAUAUAUCAUGUUAUGCUUUAUGUCAUCUUGUUUUUAACGUCAUCACAUCCUCAUGAUUGCUAUGCAUACUUGCUAUGCAAGAAAGCAUAGUUUAAAAUUUUAUGAUUGUGCUCAUUGUAAAUAGCCACUCUUCCCAUGGACAGAUAGUUUAUGAUAAAUGCUGCUGUUACAUUUGGACAGGCAAUAUUUAUUAAUAGUGUACAACCUGAGAAACCAUAUCAAUUAUUUUGCCUUCAACCUUGCAUGAUUUUCCUUUCUGAAAUUGAGGUGAAAUUUAAAAAGGUUUUAAUGAAAUUUAGUAAUUGAUUAGCAUUAUUUCUUCAUGCAUCAAAUGUGUAAUUGACUCAUUGGUUUAAUGGCAUUUUUAUAAUGGAUCUUUUUUGUAAUGGAAAUAUUUGAUUAUUUCUGCAACAUUGUUAGAACUUGGUACUGAAUGAUUAAGAGUAAUCAGUAAAGUGGUAUAUGACUAUGUCUCAAGUAUUUGUAUAACAGUAUUGUGGUUGGUGUUUUCCAUGUGAAGUAACUGUUAGACCUAUUUAUUCAGCUUAGUUUGUGUGGGGUAACCCAAUCAUUUUAUGUACCUUUUGCAAAUGGGGACAAAAAAGGUGAUAAAAUAUUUGGGAUUUGGCUGAAUCUUAAAAAGUGCUCUUCCAUUUUUGAUACUUUUUGUGUAAUAUAUUUCACAGAACCAUUUGACUAUACAUUUUAUGAUUCCAUGCAUUGUCCUUAAAUGACCCAAUUGUGUUUGGAAUAUGUUCUUUCUGGAUUAACUGAAACAGAUGUAUCUUCUCUUCACCAAUGUGUUCCGGUCACUUCACAUACAUCACAUAUAUUACCUCAUGUUAAUGUCUGUCAGUCAACCAGUCAUUUUGGAUUCAAAAAUUUAUUUUGCAUACUAUCUUACGGACAUUUGCGUUGCACAUUUCUUAUCUAAAUUUUAGAUUUAUAUGUGUAGAUUUCAUUUAUGACCAAUCACUAAAGCCUAUACUCAGGGUUGCAGUUGAUGUCAGUUUCAUUGUACAUAGCCAUGAAUCAUCAUGUGUUCUUACUGAUCAUCUAUCAUCAUGUCUACUUAACCUGGUUCUGAAAAAAAAGGUGGAAGGCAUUUCAAAAUUCAUAUUUAUUUUAAUGUCAAGGUGAGAGAGCUAUUACCACGUUCUCUAGAUACUCCAUCUGAUUUGUUUUUUUGUGAAACAUUCAUUUUGGCAGGUCACCACAAACUGUAGAUAUAACAAUAUUUCAGACAAUGAUAAUUUUAUCACACUUGCAAUUGUAAAACAAACUGAAGGCAGUUGACUGCUCAUUAUUUACUGCAAAUAGUGUAACCCGUAUUUCAAUAUAAAAUCUUACAAUAAAAGAUAAUCACAAAUUCAA